GAUCAUCUGAACUGGACAGGCUUAGGACAGACUCGGGACGGCUUAGAGGUGAAAUUUCUGCUGAUUUGUUGGUUUGGUAAAGGAGCUGCUUUAGCGAGUUAGCGUCCAGUAAGAAUGUUAGCUUGUUCUACCAGUAAACAUGUAUACUCUCGAGUCAUCCUCAGUUAGUAUCCAUGAGUGUUGUGGACGUGUCUCCCGGAGUGUCUGGGGGGUGUAUGGGGUAUCAGGUCAGGUGGAUGCUGGACUCAGCCAGGCGGUGGAGGGUUUGGGGUCCUCGGGAUCUUUGCCUUUUGCAGAUGAUGUGGUCCUUCUGGCUUCGCUCACUGGCAGCCUCCAGCUUCCUCUGGGCUGCUUUUCAGCCGAGGGUGAAGCAGCAGGAAUGAGAAACGGCUGCUCCGAGUCUGAAAAAGCGUGGAGUGCUUGCUCCGGGUUGGCGAGGAGUUUCUGCCUCCAGCGGAGACGAUCAGGUGUCUUCGGGGUCAUGUUGACGAGUUUGAGCAGAUUGAUGGACAGGUUGGUGUGGAGGCUGGAGCGGUGUGGUGCAGAUGGAGCUGAGAGCGAGGGUGGAGGUGUCGACGUACUGGUUCCCGCCCUCAGCGGUGACCACGAGCUCUGGAAGUGCUUGAAAAGGAUGAUGUCAUCCUGCAGAGCUGCCCGGAGGGUCAGGGCUUCUUGGUUUCUCUCUAUUGUAUCAUCUGUGUGUGUGUGUGUGUGUGUUUCAGGAUACCAGCAGGCUAAUGUGGUCGUCCUGCCAAACCAGCUCGCCGACGACUUCCAUGCCUUCUGUCGCAGUAACCCCGCCCCCCUGCCGCUCCUUUAUCGCAGCCAGUCAGGAGAGACUUCCAGUCCGCCUCUGGCUCAGCACGCUGACAUCAGGACGGACAUCUCGCAGUACUGUGUGUAUGAGGAUGGUCGGCUGGUGAAAACCGUCUCCAGCCUGCAGACGUACAGUGACGCACACAGGUCUCCACCCGGGCAGCAGGCGGAGCGUCCCGGGUCGUGGUCAGACAUGGUGUGUUUCUAUCUGGGCUGCAGCUUUGGCUUUGAGGGCCGACUGAAAGAAGCCGGAGUCCCCGUCAGGAACGUGGAGCAGGGCAAGAACGUCAGCAUGUACAGGACUGCAGUUCCCUGUGUUCCUGCAGGAGCGUUCAGCUGCCCUCUGGUGGUCACGAUGCGUCCCGUCCCAGCCGCUCUGUUGGAUGCAGCAGUGAAGGUCACUCAUCUCAACCCACUGGCACAUGGAGCUCCUGUACACAUAGGAGAUCCAGCUCUCCUCGGCAUCCAGGACCUGUCCAGGCCGGAUUAUGGUGAUGCGGUGGAGCUGCAGCCUGGUGAUGUCACAGUCUUUUGGGCGUGUGGCGUGACUGCGAUCGAGGCGAUCCUCAGCAGCAAGCCUCCACUGGCCUUCAGCCACUCGCCCGGCUGCAUGUUCCUCACCGACAUUCCUGACUCACCUACCUCCACCAUAACUCCGCCCACUGAGGCCAAACCCCAUCCUGAGCUGACCCCCCUGUGCUUCCAGGUGUCCCAGAAUCCCUUGCUGUACAGCCUGGUUUCUCAGGGGACGGUGGCGAAGAUCAGACAGCUUGAGGUGAUGAUCGGAGAAGAUCCAGGUGAGCGAGGGAUCAGAGCUUUAUUCGUUCAGGAUGAACUCCUGCGCUCCUGUCUGGCUCUAUCCCAUUCCUCCUCUGUUGCCAUAACAACGGGCUUCCCAACACACUACAUGCACAGCCCUCCCGAUGAAACCGACGGCCCACCAGGAGCAAUUGCCAUGGCAACCAUGCUGCUGUCUCUGGGGAAACAGGUGACCAUGGUGACGGAUCGCCGGGCGCUUGAGAUGAACCGCGCCAUCAUCGAUGAAGCAGUGAGGACAGGAGUCCUGAAGGCUGCUAUCCCAUUGGUCACAUUUGAAGACGGCGGUCCAGAUGCUGCGCGGCACUUCCUGUGUCACCAUGGAGACCCUAACAAGCCCAGAUUCGACCACCUGGUGGCGAUAGAGCGCAGCGGACGCGCCGCAGAUGGGAACUACUACAACAUGAGAGCAGUGAACAUCAAACACCUGGUGGAUCCCGUGGACGACCUGUUCAUCGCUGCCAAGCACAUACCUGGAAUCGGCACCACAGGAAUCGGUGAUGGUGGGAACGAGCUGGGGAUGGGGAAGGUGAAGGAGAAGGUGCAGAGCCUGAUGCCCAAAGGCGGUCUGAUCGCCUGUGAGGUUCCUGCAGACCACGCCGUCACCGCAGGCGUGUCUAACUGGGGAGGCUACGCUGUGGCCUGCGGGCUCUACCUGCUCCACACCUGCCCGGCACACCUGCGCUACCUGAGGAAGGGGCUGGGACUGGAACCUGUGACCUCCACGGAGCAGCUGCAGGACUGGACCACUAACCUGCCGUCUGUGGAAAAGGAGGAGUCCUUCCUCUCCACUCUGGUCCAGUUUGGGAUCCGAAGUGGGAAAACUGGUCACCUGGCCAUGGAGGUGGAUGGCCUGACCUUUCACCCCACCCACUCUGACAUGAUCACCAGACUGCUGGAAGUGACACGAGGAGGGCGCGGCGCAUUUUAAUCUGAACUCUUUAUUAUUCCCUGAUGUGAUCCCAAUCCUGAUGCAGGGAAACACAGAGGAAGGAGGAGAGGAGUGUGAGGGUGCCUUAGCCGCUGCCUGGUAACCGCUCAGCCUGCCUUUAAAUGCUCACAAAGCAGAGUGACCCCCCCACCCCCCGGUGUCCAGCUCUGCACUGUAAUGAACCAAUCACAGCUUAAUUCUUCCGUUGGGGUAAAAAUAGUCUGUGAGAUGCAUGGCUGCUUGUACCGUCUGAGCAGAUGUACAGAUCGCAGCACUCAUCAUCGUUGAUGAGGAUGAUGAGGGAACAUGUUUGGGUCGAGGCUGUGAAAGGCUCCGCACCACAAAUCAGUUUGUUCUGGAAGCGCCUCAGGCCACGUUAACUGUUUGUGCUCCUGCAGAUGGAAGGACGUCCACCUCCAGGUGCAGAGCUGCGGGAAGCAGCUGAAAUGUGUCUCACCUGUCAGUCAAAGAGGCCACGCCCCCAUUAAUGCAAAUUUUAAACCUUAAUAAUGAUAAUAAUAAUAAUUAUGAGUUAAUACGAGUUAAUCUGGUGUUACGAGGGAGAAAAUUAUCUCUAGAGACCAAACAGGCUGCGAGCAGGUUUCAUUUUACCUGGGAGUCUAUGGGACCGACUCACUGCUGCCUCUGCUGGACGCUGGAGGAACUGCAGGGUUAAAUCGUUCUCUCUCUGUUUGUUUAUCAGUAAAUGAGCUGAAGAUGAUUUAUAUGUUUUGUAGAAAUGAGAUGUGAAUAAAAGAAAUCAAUGAUCUGCGUUAAA